ACAAAGCCGCGGGAGCCGUCUUCGGCGGCGGCCCGAUGCUCCGGGGCUCGGGGACGAGCGCGGUCGGUCGGGCGAGGUUCCGGGGCCCGCGGGAGCAGCCCGCAGGGCCACCGCGAGCGCGUCCUCACGUCCCAAGAUGGCUUCGGGGUCCCCCGUGGCUGCCCAGACGCCCCGCUAGCCCGCAGCGCUCGAUUCUGGCGGCUGAUGGUACCUGGCCUGGUCCUAUCCUCUCCUGUCGCUCCCUUUCCUCUCAGCUUCCCAUCUCUGCUCCGAGGUGCGGGUCCCCGGCGCGGUGGGGCAGGAGGCGGCGGGGCGCUCCCUCCGGCCGGAUAGUGGAGUCUCGCUCUCAGUCAAAAUCUCCAACGGGAACUCCUGCUCGCGUAAAAUCAGAGAGCAGGUCAGGAUCUCGUAGUCCAUCACGGGUUUCCAAACAUUCUGAAUCCCACUCUCGAUCAAGAUCAAAAUCCAGGUCAAGGUCAAGGAGACAUUCUCAUAGACGCUACAGUCGGUCCAGGUCCCACUCUCAUAGGAGACGAUCUCGAAGUAGAUCCUAUACGCCAGAGUAUCGUCGACGAAGAAGCCGGAGUCAUUCUCCAAUGUCUAAUCGCAGAAGACAUACAGGCAGCAGGGCUAUGGAAAGAGCAAAUGGAAUGGAGCUGGAUGGUAGAAGAAUUCGUGUGGAUUAUUCUAUAACCAAGAGAGCUCACACACCUACACCAGGCAUUUACAUGGGCAGACCAACUCAUAGUGGUGGUGGAGGUGGUGGAGGAGGAGGAGGUGGCGGCGGUGGCGGCGGUGGUAGACGACGAGAUUCUUACUAUGAUAGAGGAUAUGAUCGAGGCUAUGACAGAUACGAAGAUUACGAUUACCGGUACAGAAGAAGGUCGCCUUCCCCUUAUUAUAGUCGGUAUAGAUCACGGUCAAGAUCUCGUUCCUAUAGCCCAAGACGCUAUUGAUAAUGAUAAUGGAGUGGUUGUGGCUAAGAACUCUUUUUCCCUCCUUUUUCUUUUUGAUUCUGGAUUUCCAAGCUUCUAAUGCUUCCUAGUCCUCAUGAUAAAACCCUGGUUAUUUAAUCUGUGGCCAAUUGUGUUUCCGUUUUACAUCCUUUGUUACUCUCUUAAUGGUGUAAUUGUCAUUUAAGUUGUUCAACAUCUAAGUAAAAAAAGGAGCCCAGUUGUUAA